CCCUUUCCUCAUUCUCCGUCUCUCUUUUCUGUUCCAACAAAUGACGGAGAUCGACGGCGGCAAAGCCAAACCGCCGCUGCUCCUCCAUCCUCCGCUCCCUUCUUCCUCUGUCUCCUUUGUUUCGAUCUGCCAUCUCCCUCUCUCUUCCUUUGUGGUAACGACGAGAAGGAGAGAAGAAACGAAGACGGCGAAGGCGAUGGCAGGGGCUCUGAAUCAGUGGUGAUCUCUUAGGCAAAAGGUAAUAUUUUUAUGGUUUAGGGUCUGAUCGGUGAGGGAAAGUAGAUAGAGGUCGCCGGCGAUGGAGAUGAAGUCGCUUCUGCCGGCGACGAGAAAGGAGCAAAGUUCCGACGAGAGGUUUCAGGAAGAAGAGGGUCGCCGCCGGCAGCUCUGUGUUGUGCCGACGACGACUGUCACGGCAGAGAGGUUGAUUGAAUGCUUGAACUUUGAGAUGGAUUGGGCUGUGAUGGGCUUGUUACUUGAAGCUUGG